AUGAGCAUUAGUGCGUUAAUUCGUUGUGCAACUAAGUGUGGCGCACUACUGCAGCAGUUGGAUCCUGGAUUCGAAUUUAAUUUUGAUAUCCUGCUUAUGUUUGGCCAUGCUGAAAACGCUACGAUUCUUGGAUCCUCUAUAAGUCAAAGAAAAUAUGUCUCGCAUCGCUGUGAAGCUUUGAUGAGUCGUAAGCCGACAGAUGCUAGAAAAAUGAGGCGCUGUGAAUGUGGACAAGAAGCAGCGACAUCUUAA